GCUUAAACUAUAUUGAUCUACUAGAUGGUUGCGCCACCUGAGCCAUUUAACUCGCUUUCUUUAACUUCAAAUAAGACAGACGAUAAAAGUGAUGAGUCUUCUAUCAAGAGCGAAAUUGUACAGAGGUUAAGUGAGGAUUCGCAUAGAAAGAAAGAGGAAAACUUAAAUUAUACUGACAUUAACUGCGAGUCUAAAAUAAUUGAAGCUAACUUACUAAAGGAAAAAGGAAAUGAGUAUUAUCGACUGUGUUUAUUUCAGGAGGCCAAAGAGUGGUACACUAAAGCUAUAGAAGCUUCCCCAGUUUCCUGCGACAACGUUGCAGUUUUUUAUUGUAAUCGAGCUGCUUGUUGUCUAAAAUUGAAUGAGCUUGAUAGCGUCGUUGAAGAUUGCACAAGAGCUUUAGAAAUUAAUCCUAACUACGAAAAAGCUUUAUUGAGAAGAGCAAGUUCGUAUGAAAGGAUGGAAAAAUUUAAAGAUGCACUUGCAGAUUAUGAAAAAGUUCUUGAAAGUUUUCCUACUAAUAUAACGGCGCUUAUUGAAAAAGGAAAACUUGAAGCAAAAAUUAAAGAGCAAGAAGAAAAAAUGAAAGGAGAGAUGAUCGAUAAAUUAAAAGAUUUGGGCAAUCACUUUCUCAGCAACUUUGGAUUGUCCCUCGAUAACUUCAAGACUGAAAAGAGAUCUGAUGGGAGUUAUAAUAUAAAAUUUCAGCAGUCUUGAUUUUUUUUAUAGCAACU